GAGUGUAAUGUUGGAUCAUCGGAUUCAUUAAGUGAACCAGUCAAUGAAAUAGGUAAUCAUCUAGAAUGUUGCUAUAUUUCACCAAUUGAGGUUGUUUGGCGCUUGCCGAAGAGAAUGGAGAUUCAUUCAGUAUCUAGGUUCUCCAAGUGUUAUGUCACGAAGAAAAGCAUCUCAGUUCACAAUGCGCCAAUGUUGCCAUCUGCAAAGCCAUCUCCAAGCAAAGAAAAGAUGAUUCAUCCAUCUACAAAAAGUAUCAAGAGUGCGAUCAUCAACGGACCAAAGGACUCAAACAACAUUACACCACCCUCUUGCCAACCUGCGGCUAUUGUCAUCGAGAAAAAACAAAAUAUGUACUCUUUAGAUAAAAGGAGCAUUCAACUUACAGAAGGCGAAACCACCAACAAAGAUAUCAUUGUGCAAUCAGGCCAAGCAAGGGAAACAUAACAUCAUUAAGAUGCAUGCAAGCAUCAGAAUAAAGUUGCAAAAAUAAAGUUGUUUUUCAACAUGCAGGACAUCGUCAAAGAUGCAUCCAAGAACCAAGAUGCAUGCAAGAACCUACCAGCUGCACAUCCUUUCUACCUAAACUUAGUAUAUAUGUUCC